UGCGUUUAUUCCCGCCUCCUCCUUCACCCUCACGACGGAGCAGGAAAGUGGAACAGUGCUCCCUUCAGGUUAAAAACUUCCUCUGAGUUAUUUUAAAUUCACUUUCUCGACGUGUCAUCUUCAUUCAGGUCGUUUUUGGAAGAUCCGAAGUUUAAAGACGGAUGUAAACGACAAGAGCUGACAUCCACUGCACAAACGCUUUGUGUAGAUCAAAGUUUCAAAGAAGCUCAGACAGAAAUGGCCCAGAAAGAGGUUCAGCUGGACGAGGAAACGAUAUCUUGUUCCAUCUGUCUGGAUCUACUCAAGGAUCCGGUGACUACCUCCUGUGGACACAGCUACUGCAAGAGGUGUAUUGAAUCCCACUGGGAUACACAGGAUGAGAAGACCGACUUCAGCUGCCCUCAGUGUAGGCAGACCUUCACACCGAGGCCUGUCCUGAGGAAAAACACAAUUCUAGCAGUUUUAGUGGAGGAGCUGAAGAAGACUGGACUCCAAGCUGCUCCUGCUGAUCACUGCUAUGCUGGACCUGAAGAUGUGGCCUGUGACGUCUGCACCGGGAGGAAACGGAAAGCCUGCAACUCAUGUCUAGUCUGCCUGGUCUCUUACUGUGAGAAACACCUCCAGCCUCAUUUUGAAGUCCCUCCAUUGAAGAAACACAAGCUGGUGGAGCCCUCCAAGAAGCUCCAGGAGAACGUCUGCUCUCGUCAUGAUGAGGUGAUGAAGAUAUUCUGCCGUACUGAUCAGCAGUCUAUCUGUUAUCUCUGUUUAAUGGACGAACAUAAAGGCCACGACACGGUCUCAGCUGCAGCAGAAAGGACUGAGAGGCAGAGAGAGCUCGAGGGGAGUCGACUAAACAUCCAGCAGAGAAUCCAGGACAGAGCGAAAGAUGUGAAGCUGCUUCAACAGGAGGUGGAGGCUAUCAACGGCUCCGCUGAUAAAGCAGUGGAGCACAGUGAGGAGAUGUUCACUGAGCUGAUCCGUCUCAUGGAGAAAAGACGCUCUGAUGUGAAGCAGCGGGUCAGAUCUCAGCAGGAAACUGAAGUGAGUCGAGUCAAAGAGCUUCAGGAGAAGCUGGAGCAGGAGAUCACUGAGCUGAAGAGGAGAGACGCUGAGCUGCAGAAGCUGGCACACACAGAGGACCACAACCAGUUUCUACAGGACUACCCCUCACUGUCAGCACUCAGUGGAUCUACACACUCAUCCAGCAUCAAGACCCGUCCUCUGAAGUACUUUGAGGACAUGACAGCGGCUGUGUCAGGAGUCAGAGAUAAACUACAUGACGCUCUGAGAGAGGGAUGGACAUACGUCUGCGUUUUACAGUUAAAACCAAGACCAGAACCAGAACCUAACACCAGAGCUGACUUAUUAAAAUAUGCAUGUGAUAUCACACUGGAUCCAAACACAGCACAUCAUCAUGUGUUAUUAUCUAAGAGGAACAAAAAAGCAACAUUAAUGAUUAAAAAACAGUCUCAUUCUAGUCACCCAGACAGAUUCAUGGAUUAUUGGCAGGUCCUGAGUAACGAGAGUCUGACUGGACGUUGUUACUGGGAGGUGAAGUGGAAAGGAGGAGUUUAUGUCGCACUCUCAUACAAGAACAUCAGCAGAGCAGAGAGCUCGGUUGAAUGUGUGUUUGGGCACAGCGACAAAUCUUGGGCGUUAGAUUGUGACAACAAAAGUUAUAACUUCUGGCACUGUCAAGUCAGCGCUGCUCUCCCAGGUCCUCGGUCCUCCAGAGUAGGAGUGUACGUGGAUCACGGAGCAGGUAUUGUGUCCUUGUACAGCAUCACUGGAACCAUGACUCGCCUCUACAGAUACCAGACCACAUUCACUCAGCCUCUCUAUGCUGGAAUCGGGUUUUAUUAUCCUGAAGACACGGCUGAGUUCUGUAAACUGAAAAAAUAGAUAGAAGUCAUUUAAGAGACCUAACGUGAUGUAAAGUGUCGGUCCAUCACAGUCUGUACAUUCAUAACAAAAAUAAGGUGACCAAGAAAUAUUAAACUGAGGUGGACCCAUGAUGGUUUAAACUCCCUCUUUUGUCUUCUUCUCUAUGACGUGGUUUAAACGUUCCUUGUUUUGUUUUUGUAUAUCUGAAACCUAGACGUGAACGUUUUUAUCAACGCUGUGUAAAAAGGGAGGUGUAAUUAGUCGGUCACAAUUUGACCUUCUUUUAGUCUUUACUCUGAUUUAUUUGUUCUUCAAAUCAAAUGUGUUUGUGCCUUUUUUGGGGGGUGAAAUAGUUAAAGCAGAGAAAUACUUUUGCUACUACUUUCCUUUCUAACGUAUGUUAUGACAAGAAAUCUAUGAGCACUUUUUGUCAGUCCAAAGGUUGUUGUGAUGAGGCGCUGAGAGGUUUUAUAAGACUUAACAAGAUACAUUCUUUUGACAUUGCUGAGAUUCUGAUUGUGUGGAUAAAGUGACCCUGCUCAUGAAAUCUCUGAACUUUACUGAUCUGAUUUGUGAGCAAACUGAAGUUUGACAUCAUAAAUAAACAAACAUGAACAGAG